AUGGCUUCCAGCAUAGAUUGCGCGGAGUUGUCGGAGCUCGCCCAUAACUCGGCUACGCAGGUCGCUGCCGUCGCAGCUCAACUAGGAAUAAAGGAAGCAAGGUUGUUGUCGCCAAAUUCCCCGAAAAUGGAAUUGGCCAAGGACCUCGUGACACUUGCCGGUCAUCUUUUACGCGCUUCCUUUGCCUUAGGGUCUCAGAUCCAGGACCAUGCUGCUGCAAACACCACGAAGUUCCUAGAAGGGUUAGAGUUGGUGUGCACACCAUGGGACCAUGAACAAGCAACCGAGGCGUAUCUCGCCAGUCGAUCCGCAAAAGACCUUGACACCCCAGACGACUAUCCAUUCCACGUCCGUGAAACGUUCUGGAAAGUGUUGAAGCGCUACUCGCAGUGCGGUUGCACUGACCCUGUACAGUCGCAGGUCUCAUCGAACCGACAUGAUAGCAGGUUGAGGCUGAUGGAAAAGUUCGAGAGUAACGAUGAGGAUGUCAUUUUCGAUACGGUCUUCUCUAGAACUUCGGACAUUGGACAGGGGAAUGAUGUUGAAUGGCAGCAUCUGCAAUUCCACAUUUCUAGAAAACAGCAGCGUUUAGGAAAUGUGGGAUUUGCUCUCCCCGAAGCGCAGUCUCAUCAAUCAAUGAACCUUUCCUUAAAUAUCCCGUGCGUGGCAACGAUCAAGUCCGCUACCCAGUUCUGCCAAAUCCUCCAAAAACGGAUCGGCCCCGUCAAAAUAUGCCUUAAGGUCCGAGACUCUAAGUUGGAACAAAUGCGUGAUCUCAAAGCAGUGGAUGACGAUAUUGCUCACGAGCAGAGCGUUUCGCUCGCAGACGUACUUGAACGCCGCUUCCUAGCAGCCAAAGAGAAGCUCCUACUCGCCUACAUUCUUGCAAGGUCCUUUUGGCAGUUUUACGACUCGGAAUGGAUGAGUAGCCAGUGGACCACUGAGGCUGUCCAAUUUUUCUGGCGGUGCCCCGACGAAAGCCAUGCGAAGCACGAUAGUAGCUACUGUUUGCUCAAAAGGAGCCCGUACUUUACCUUGACUCUGCAGAAAAGCCAUUCACUGCUCGCGGCAGAAUAUCUUCCAACAGAAGAGGUAAUCCACCGCUAUCCUCGGGUUCUUUCGUUGGGCAUUAUGCUGCUCGAAAUUGGGCAGGGUAAAGGACAUGGGAAAGCGGCCGAAUACAUUAGUACUCAGGGAAUGACUUUCGAGGCGAAGAUCAACAACUUCGUUCACGACAUAACGAAGACAUUGCAUAAGAAGGCCUGGCCCUGUUUUGAUUUGCAAGAGGAGGUGCGACAAGCAUACAGAUUCAUUGUCCGUAAUUGUUCGGACUCGAAGCUUUUCGAAGCGAACUUAAAGGAAUCUUCAUCACAGAAUAACAGCGUGCUUACUGUCGAGGAAAGGCGUGCUAUCCUCUACAAGGCCAUCGUUUAUCCCUUGAAAGAGCUACUACAGAAGCUAGGAUGGCUUGACAAGUCUGGUAAUAUACAGAGCAAGGAUUACGACGAAGACGACAAAUUGGAUAUUGAUAACAAGAGCGCUAUCUCCAAAGACUCCCCAAGGCCAGCCGUCUGUCUCAACGCUGAAAAAGAUUCCUGCUUGUCGCAAUCACGGCUCGAAGCGGAGAGGUGGUUACUUCGGCUCCAGAGGUCAGAAGUCACCAAAUGCCUUGUCGAUCGAUUCUUACAGGAUCCGCCUCUUAAAAGAAUUCGGAUUGCAGUCCUGGAUACGGGAUACGACCCAGAUGUGACUUUCUUCAGAAAUAAGGACCGAAGGCGUCGUAUCAAGGAAUGGAAUGACUUUUCAUCCCACGACCUAAUACGUCAGGACGAGGAUGGGCACGGGACGCAUGUCUUGUCCCUCCUGAUGAAAGUGGCCCCCACAGCGGACUUUUAUGUUGCUAGGAUAGCACGCGGCACGAGGGAUCUUCCCGAUUCCACCGCAAACGUCGCUGAGGUGGAUAACAGCCCUGUAUAG